AUGAGGACCACCAAUGCUCGUGCGCUGCUGUUGAUAAGCCUAGCCGUGCUAAUUUGCGCGGUCAGCGGUGAAAGUGGAAAACACAAGAAGAAAAACCGACGAUACGAGGACGACCGAUCAGAACAGGUUUACUAUGUCGAUCAAAUAGCAUCUGCUUCUGCAAUUUCACCCUGGACAUCGAACCGCAUCAUCGCCAAAACUACUGAAAAUGGUAGAGAAUCCCAGUACGUGAUCAAUGUAGCACCGGAGGACGAAGUAAUCAUACACGAAGGAAGCGCAACGGAUCGCGUUUCCGACCGGGGUCCGACGGACGAGCAGACGCCCCAGGACUUUGUGCAUGAGGCGCUCCGUCUACGCAAGCAGUACAUGCAAAACGGUCCGAAAGGGACGACCGCGAUGCCGGCGAGCUCGUUCGUGGAGUACACCACCGUCAAGUACGAUCACUUCGGACCAAGCAAGGCCCCGGAUCGGGAAGCGGAACCGCACGUGAUCUACCAUAGCAAACCUGUUCCGACGAAGCCAGUAGCGGUUCCGGUGCACGCUGCACCGUCCUCAGCGCCACCAGCGGUGCCAACGUACCGGCCGAAGCACAUCAAACCGAAACCGACCAAACCGAUGCUUGUCCACACCGUCACACCGUACGUGGCGAUCGAGCAGGAGCAACCGGAACCAGCGCCAACGGUUGGCUACCGGCCGAAGGAGUCCAAGGUUGGCCCGAAGCCGGAGCACGUCUCGAAAACGGUACACUCGUCCGCGCCCGGCAAAGGUGCUCCGAUCAAGCAGCAGGAUACGGCCGCCUCGAACGUGUACGUGCACGCCGUCCGACCAGAUGAGGCAUCCUUCGGGAGCAGCUACAGCACGCAUCACGACUCGGGUAGCAGCUACCAGGAGUUCCACAAUUUUACGCCAUCGGCGGCGGCGGCAGCGGCGGCUUCCGAUUCCCAUGGCAGUAGUUCCAUUCUGGCCGUCCACAAGGUGAGAGCUCCGCUCGAGUCGUUCCGUCCGAAACAUCCGUCUAAGCCACCGCGUGAAGCAGAACGCCAUCGGGAGUACGUUGCAAAAUCGCCGAAAAAACCCAGCGUGCCCGCUCCGGUCGAGUUGGGUCGGUAUCGGCCGACCAAAGGUUUUGUGGAGGUGGAGGAAGAGACGGCUCCCAAGUACCGCCACGAGCAGACACACUACCAACCGGAGGUGGUGCCGAACCCACACGUAGAGUACGAGAAAGAGGUUGAGGCUAACUUUCACAAGCAGCAACAGCAACAGAAGCUGCAGCAGCAUCAGCAGCAACAUCAAUACCAUCAGCAACAAGAGCAUCAGCACCUGCACCAUCAUCAUCAGAGCUACGACACGCCACGACCUGUGAGAAAGGAGAAACCUACCGCCCAACCCACUGAAGGACCGAAGUACUAUCCACCGAAGAACUACCACGCCAUCGAAACGAUCACGCAAGUACAAAUGGAACCGGAACCGCAGCCUUCCGAGGAACCGUACCGCUACAAGCCGAUCAAGUCACACCAUGUGGAGAGUCAGUUCAAGCCAUCGCCGAUCAAGUACGAGCGGGAUCCGGUUCCGGUUGUACAGCAUAAGGAGACCUAUACCUACCAUCCACCGAAAUCGUACCAUGUGGAUCCUCCCAAACCUCUUCAGCAUGAGUCAGUUACGACAACCUACCAUGGAUCCAAGUCUCAAGACACCCAGGAAACACGCGUGCCCGAGGUUUCACCGGAUUUUCUCAGGUUGGCUACGGCGCGUCCCGCUAAGCACAAGUUUGCCGACCUGCCCAAGCCUUCGCCGGCUCCAAGCUACUCCAAGGUGACGAGCUAUCCGACGCUACAGUCUACCAGCUCCCAGCGGGACACUCCAGCAUCGCACCAACGUGAAAAGGUAACGUUUGAUCCGUACAAGUAUCGUCCCAGCCCAACGCCGGAGAUCUCGAGCGCUGGCCAUGGCUUCCAGAAGAUCUCCUCCUCUCCGGCAAGCUACCCCAAAUAUAUCCCCGCAAAGAUGCCCAGCGAGUCGGCACAGUCGUCGGAGUCGAAUGCCGCGUACAGCUUCAAACAGGCGCACCCUUCUGCUGCCGAGUCGUUCUCUAGCUAUCUGCCCUCCUCUACUCCGGAAUCGUUCAGUGCAGCGCCGCAAGAGUUCCCGAAGGUAUUCUCCGCCUCGCCAACGCCGUACACGAAGUACAGCGCAAGCCCAUCCCCGCCAUCGCCAUCGGGAGAAACUCUGUACGAGUUCCCGCAUAUGAAGGAAACUCCGAAAUCGUUCUCCAAGUUCCAGGAACCGAAGUCCUACUCCACCAUCGACCCAUCGGAGCAGCCGUUCAAAACGCUUAGCACCACCAUCUUCAUGAAGGCCUCGCCGUCGGAGGACAGCUACACGCCACCGGCGACCCCCGGCAAACCGAUCCAGAACCUCACCACAUCGAUCGCCUUCAAGCCCUCGCCGAGCGAUGCGACCAAGACGGAGUACUUUUCCAACCCCGAGGUGACCACGUACUACGUGUUCCCGAACGGAACCGAAAUCAAGCUCGGGGAUGAGCCGGCAAAGAUUCCGCACGAGUUCCGCAUCACCGCGGACGAUGGCUCGUACCUGGAUAGCAACUACACCACCAAGCUGGCCGAGGACUUUGCCAUGAAGUACAACUGGGACAGCCUUCACACGGUGGCGGAUGGCGAGUUCUACCUGGGGUCCGCAUCCGACGCGACACUGAAAGCGCACAGCGGGUCCACCCCGAAGUUCCACGAGCCGAUCGAGUACGUGGUGCGGGACAAGAAGAAGAUGAAACCGCAUGUCUUUGCCAAACCAUCGCUGAAGCCAAUCAAGACGGUGACCAUCUACAAGUCGACCCACCGGUCCUCGGAUGACGGGGAGGGUGGGUUUGAGCCGAUGGUCGGUGUGGCACCACAGAUGGACAAGAAAAGUGAGCUGCCCGGUGGGGACGACGAGUUUUACUACACCAACGAAGCCACCGACGCCGAGGAGAGCCCGUCGAAGGCAUCGAAAAAGAAUGCCGUGUUUAUGCCCGGACAUGGCAUGGGCGGACGUAUGCCAGCACCGGGAAUGAUGUUGAAGUUUGCUCCAGGACCCUCGCAGGCACCGCGCGAACCACAGGGCCCGCAACCGGUGCAAGACAUGGACAUGAGUGCGGAACCGUCGAAGAAGCACCAGUACUUUGUGCUGUACCACAUCGAGGACAAGGAAAAGAAACCGAUCCGCCAGCACGUCCCUCAGCAACCUCCGGCGCCCGUCGUACCAAAGCAAGAGAUCCACUAUCACUACAGCGAAAAGGAAUCGGAGGAACCGGAGGUUACCCACGAGCACUACAACUACCACCACGAGGAGACGAUCGAGGACUCGGACGAUGACAUUCAGCAUCACUACGUGAAUCCGAACUAUGGCAAGUUUAACUACCGCCCGAACAUUGCGCAUCCCUCGUACCAGCGACCGCUGCGGGACAGUAUGGCCGCCGGAAGUGAGACGACGCUGAAGGUGGUCGAUCCGGAGUCGAAGAACACACGCCCGCUGGAAAUUACGAAGCAGGAGUACAUGCGCCAUGUUCAGAACGCCGUCAUGCGGUACAUGCGACAGCUACAGGACGAGGGACGCUUGCCGGUGAUCGCGUCCCGGGACUCCGAUGACACGCACAAGAUGUUUGAGGAGCUCGAUCUUGCCGCAUUGCUGGGUGGUGCCGCUGCUGGUGGCGGUGGCGCUGGUACUAAUGCGAAGCAAAAGUUCCAGCUAAAUGGACCUCUCCGGGCAAACGUACCCACGAACCCUAGUCACUACAAGCCUAUGAAGUCAGUUCCGAGUUCGUCGACGUACAAAUCGACUACUCCAGCCCCACAAAACGCCGUUAAGCUGGGCAAGAACACGUACACCGCCGGAAAGCCACUUAAGGUGGCGAUCGAGAGCCUGCAGGAUACGCUCAGCAGCAACGUGGAUCUCACGGUGAAGGGUAACAAGCAGCCGAUCAAGCCGGACCUGUCGGCGAUCGACGUCGGGCAGUCGUACCUGCACGGACCUACAUUCGAGCAGAGCUCCCCGAAAGAGUCCGGUCCAUCGCCGAAGACCAAGCUGCAUUUCAACCAGGCAUCCCACCACGACAUCAACUCGAUGCUGAACGCCAAGGACAGUUCGUUGCGGACGGGACUGAAGGGUUCCUACCUGGACCACGGCUCCAACCAUGGUUUCGGCUCGAUCAAGGGUGGCUCAGCGAACGUGGGUGCAUCGAUUAGCUUCGGCAAUGGAGGAGGCCUGGGCCUUCCGAAGGGCAUGCAGGUGGCUGAAGACGACAACAAGAUGGCACCCGAGGCGCUCGAUGCACCGAUACAGAUUAUCAACGGUAUUCCGAUAACAAAUCCCUACAACAUCGAUAUCAACACAUUAAGGUACAUGCUUGGAGGCCUGGCUCAAGCUCAAGCCGAACAGCAGCAACCUCACGCUUCGAAAGAACCAACGUUGAAGCUCAAGGGAACCAACUGGAUGUCUCUUCCUACGAUGUCCAGCCCGUCGCAGGUGUUUUCUUCACACAUUCCCACCUACCAGCACCCACCGUCGGAGGUGAACAAAUACAAGUAUAACGCCGACUUCGACGCGAGUAACUUCAAGAUCAAGUUCCCCAAAAACAUGAAGCUGAAGAACGCUGGUGGAGCAUCGACGGGUGGUGAUGCCGUUGCUAGUGGAUCUAUGAAUUAUGCCUCGUGGGGAGAACCUCCUCGGACACCGGGGCAGGGUAAUACCAACCAUUUCCAUGGCAACGCAGCCGGCAAUGGUGUGAACCAGAAUCAAAACCUUGCCAUUGGAAACAACCGCCCCGUGCAGAACCAUCACCAUCAGCAGCAGCAACAACAGCAGCAACAACAGCAGCAGCAACAGGUACACCAACAGGUACAACAACAGUUCCAACAGCACAUCAACCAACAGUUCCAGCAGCAACAGCAACACCUUGCCCAGCAGCACCAUCAGCAGCAGCAGCAACACCUACAGCAUCAGCACCAGCUGCAGCAGCAGUUCCUUCGCUCGAACCGGGAGUUCAACCCGGAGCUGUACCUCAACCCGAGCGGCCAGUUGUUCCAGGGGUUGCUGAAGCAGAACGCGAUCAUGAGCAAAAAGGCUGCCACCAGCGACUGGAAACCAACGACAGUCAAGCCAACGACGGGACCCUCGAAGGCAGUGAAGAUCGAUACUAACCUGCGGCCACCGCCACCUGUCGUGAAGGGUUAG